AUGUCAGAGUUGCUCAAUCAGAAAUCUUCAAUACAAGGGAAGGUUCCUUCAGGAUAUUUUAAUUCUAUUUUUGAGUUAAGUGGAGCCUGGUUGCAUGAUGCCACGGACACUAAAUAUCUUGCUUUUGACGGAUACUUUGUUUCAUUGUACUAUUUGCACCUAACGGCAUCUCCAUUACUUCUCCAAGAGAAAGUGAAGAAGGCUGUCCCAUCUAUCUGGGACCCAGCAUCAUUAUCUAGGUUCAUCCAGACAUAUGGGACACACAUAAUUGUCGGAAUGGGGGUUGGAGGUCAGGAUCUUGUUUGUGUUAGACAAAAACCCUUUUCAUCAGUUCCUCCUGCUGAUCUCAAAGGAUAUUUGGAGGAUCUUGGGGAUCGCCUGUUUUCAGAUGGAAGGAGGUCCUUGCCACUAUGGAAAACUAGAGAUUCCAAGCAAAAGGUUCCGGAGGUCUUCUACCGUAUCUUGCAUUCCAAUACCAUGCCGUUGACCAGCAUUUCAGAAUCAUCAAGCAAGGAUGGCCUCACCAUCAUUAGCUCCAAAAGGGGAGGGAAUGCAUUUUUGCAUAGCCACCACGACUGGCUCCAGUCGGUUCCUUCUAACCCUGAUGUUAUACUCUUCAAGUUUGUACCUAUUACUUCUCUUCUUACUGGGAUUCCAGGCAGUGGCUAUCUAAGUCAUGCAAUCAAUCUCUAUCUUCGCUAUAAACCUACACCAGAUGAUUUACGGUACUUUUUGGAGUUUCAAGUUCCUCUUCAAUAUGCACCUAUGUUUUCUGAGCUGCCUCUUGGGCAUCAAAGAAGAAAGGUUUCUGGUCCUGCCUUGCAGUUUCGAAUCAUGGGUCCCAAGCUUCGUGUGAGCUCUGCCCAGGUGUCAACUGAUCGGAAGCCAGUGACUGGUUUGCGCUUGUAUUUAGAAGGGGAGAAAUGCAACCGAAUAGCCUUACAUUUACAGCAUUUGUCCAGUGUUCCAAAUAUUAUAGAAUCUUUGUGGGCAGCUUCCUCCACAUCAAGGCCAUCGGAGUGGAGAGGGUCUGAUGACUAUGAGAUUGGCAGCCAAUACUUGGAGCCAGUCAAAUGGAGGAGAUACUCAAACAUAUGCACACUGGCAGUCGAGCACGACCCUAAAUGGUUACAGGGUGAAAAUGAUGGUGUUUUUGUUGUAACAGGAGGCCAGCUAGUCACAAGGGGGAAGUGGCCAAGGACAGUGCUUCAUCUUCGUCUACUUUUUACCCACCUGCCCAACUGCAGCAUCAGGAGUACAGAGUGGGCUACUGUACCAGCUGUUUCUCAGAAGUCAGGCUUCCUUGCAAACCUGAGUACGACCUUCCUGCAACGUGAAGUGGCUGGUCGCCCAAAGCAAGUUCCAGCUGCACUGAACUCAGGUGUAUACCCAGAUGGUCCACCAUUGCCCACUAAUGCUCGCAGGCUAUUACGGUACAUCGAGACAGGAGAGGUGGUGCGUGGUCCUCAUGAUAAUCCGGGACAUUGGCUGGUAACAGCUGCGAAGCUUGCAAUUGAAGGUCACAAGAUUGCUUUGCAAACUAAGUUUGCCUUGUUAAAUUAUCCCUCAUGAGCAAGGAAUAGCCGGUGUAUAUAUGAAAUGGCUGCAUAAAUGACUGUUCUAUCUGUUUUUUUUUCUUUCAUUGUAAUUAUAUUUUUUAGUGGGAAUUGAUAAAGGUUUGUAAAAAUGGAGAAAUCGGUAUGCAAAGAUGAGACUCAUUUUGUUUACCUCCACACUAGUGUGGAUUAAGGGUGAGAUCUGAUGUUAAGAAGGGCUGCAGAUGUUGGUUUUUGUUCACAGCUGGUCUAGGAAUAUUCUCCCUGAUAAAACCAUGAGUACACCUAAUGUUUUGGGCAAAAGACAGUCUGAUGUAAUCAGAAAGUUUUUCAACUUUCAAAUUGACAGGACCUUGUUUCCUUUGUAGACUAA